AUGGCCAGCUUUUUCGACCUCAAGGCCAGAAAGGCGGCCGCUACAAACGGAACAUCAUCGCAGAAGCAGGACAAGCCAGCAGACGUUCGUGCCCAGCCCUGGGUUGAGAAAUAUCGCCCCAAGAGCUUGGACGAUGUCACUGCUCAGGAUCACACGGUCACGGUUCUGCAGAGAACACUGCAAGCUUCAAAUCUUCCGCACAUGCUGUUUUACGGACCCCCGGGCACUGGCAAAACCUCUACCAUCCUAGCUCUUGCCAAGGAGCUCUACGGUCCAGAGAUGAUCAAGUCCCGAGUUCUCGAGCUCAACGCGUCCGACGAGCGUGGCAUUUCAAUCGUUCGACAAAAAGUCAAAGAUUUUGCACGAAUGCAACUGACCAACCCACCGCCUUCAUACAAAGACAAAUACCCCUGUCCGCCGUUCAAAAUCAUCAUUCUUGACGAGGCCGACUCCAUGACGCAAGAUGCCCAGAGCGCUCUGAGACGGACAAUGGAGACGUACAGCAAAAUUACACGCUUCUGCCUGAUAUGCAACUAUGUUACUAGAAUCAUUGACCCUCUGGCGAGUCGAUGCAGUAAAUUUCGGUUCAAGAGCUUGGAUCAGAGCAACGCAAAGAAGAGACUCGAGUCAAUAGCAGAGGCAGAGGGCGUUACGCUAGAAGAUGGUGCCGUGGAUGCACUCAUCAAGUGUAGCGAGGGUGAUCUACGAAAAGCUAUUACAUUUCUGCAGAGUGCUGCUCGACUGGUUGGGGCGAAACUCUCGGAAAAGGACAGCGAUGGCGAUGAUUCCAUGGAUGUAGACAAGCGACCGGUUACUGUCAAAAUUGUUGAAGACAUUGCUGGUGUGAUCCCUGGAGCAACCGUUGACGAUCUCGUCAAGGCUAUGCGCCCAAAGUCGUCAGGAGAGACGUAUCAGUCCAUAUCUAAGGUGGUUGAGGACCUGGUAGCAGACGGCUGGAGUGCUGGCCAGGUCCUCUACCAAGAACUCGUCUUUGACGAGACCAUUCCAGAUAUCCAAAAGAACAAGAUUGUUCUUGUUUUCUCUGAAGUGGAUAAGCGGCUCGUUGACGGAGCAGACGAGCAUCUAUCGGUUCUUGAUUUGUCAAUGAGGAUAUCUGCCAUCAUGUCUGAAAAGUGA